AGUCCGACUGCGCAGCCGCAGUAGCGCCAGAGAGAGCUCGAGCCGCACCGACAACACAGCUCGGACAAAAUACCAAUGGAUAAUUUAAUAUUUGCGCAAUGCAUCCUUUAUUUUUUAGCCUUCGUCUUUGGCUUUAUAGCGAUAGUACCUCUGUCGGAAAACACGGAGGAUUUUCGUGGAAAAUGUCUGCUUUUUACGCGGGGUAUGUGGCAGAAUGAGAACAUCACGGUGUCUAAGCAGCGCUUCAUCAUUGAGGAAUGGGGACCUCAGUCCUCCUGCAGCUUCAUCACCGCUGUCGCCAUCGCAUCCCUCAUCCUGGCCGCCGUGCAAGCCUGGAGGCUUCUGCUUUUCAUCUGCAAAGGCCACGAUGACUCAAUCUUCAAUGCCUUCCUAAACCUGCUCAUCAGCACAUUCGUAGUGUUUGCUGUAUUCCUGUCCAGCACAAUAGUAAGUGUGGGUUUCAACCUAUGGUGUGAUGCCGUCACAGAAGGAGGCAGUAUGCCCAGCAGCUGUGAGGAUCUCCAGGACACUGAUCUUGAACUAGGGUUGGACAACUCUGCUUUUUAUGACCAGUUUGCCAUAGCACAGUUUGGGUUGUGGGCGGCCUGGCUGACUUGGCUGGGUAUCACAGUCAUGGCCUUUCUGAAGGUCUACCAUAACUACCGUCAAGAGGAUCUGGUCGACAGCUUGAUCCACGAGAAAGAGUUCCUACUCGGACGCUCAUCACGCCGGUGCUCAGAUGUGGUAGAUGAGAAAAGUGGCAUGAUAUGAUAAACUCAACAUUUUGCAACGCAACUAUUAUAGAACAUUUCCAUUAAUGUACUGUCAAGUAAAAUGUAUUCAUAAGCUUCUAAAUAUGGCUCAUUAGUUGGUGUAUCUCAACUUUUGAUUGACCUCAGUUGAGCUUAAUUGAGCCAAAUGCUUCUGAAUAACAUUUUAUUUGACAUUGGACGAUGACUGAAAAGAAUAGACAUUCAUGUGCACUCGAUUGUUUGGACUGAGGUC